AUGAAACUUAUAGUUUGCAAUGAACUUCAAAGUAUAGAUACAACAAAAGUUUUGAACUCAGAUGCUUUGAAGAGUCUUAUAACAGACAAAGUUGGAGUUGUUGAAAGAAAGUAUAAAGACCAAAGAGUUUGUGAAAAUGUUGCAAACUUCAUUAUGGUUUCAAACAAUGUUGUUCCGAUGAAGUUAGAAAGUUCUGACAGAAGAUAUGUAGUUGUCAGAACGUCAGAAGCUCAUAUGCAAGAUACAGAAUAUUUUGACGACUUAGCAGAAACUUUGACAUCUGACUUUUACAACCACUUGUUCUCAUAUUUCAUGACAUUAGAUAUUUCUAAGUUCAAUCCAAGACAAAUUCCACAUACCGAAGAGAGACAAACAUUGUUAGAAGCAAACAAGAGUGUAUAUGAACUGUUCAUAGAAGAAAGCGACUUUGUGUCAUUAGAUGAAAGGUCUUUAUAUGAUUUAUAUAAACAAUAUUGUCAAGAAUAUGGUUAUAUGGCAGCUUCUAAACGAACAUUCUUGGCAAAUGUCAAAGGUCUUUUAGAUGUUCAGAAUGGUGUAUAUACAAAGAAAAAUUUUUCUGAGUAA